UCUUCCCGGAUCACGCAGCGGCUCGAAGCCAGAAGAGAGUGAGACAAAAAAAUUUCCCCAUUCGAUUUUGAGGUGAAAUCGCAAAACCCUAGGUGAGGAUGUCGAACCCGAAGGUGUUCUUCGACAUGACCGUGGGCGGCGCCCCGGCGGGGCGGAUCGUGAUGGAGCUGUACGCGAAGGACGUGCCGCGCACGGCGGAGAACUUCCGCGCGCUGUGCACGGGGGAGAAGGGGAUCGGGAAGAGCGGGAAGCCGCUGCACUACAAGGGCAGCUCCUUCCACCGCGUGAUCCCGGACUUCAUGUGCCAGGGCGGCGACUUCACCCGCGGCAACGGGACCGGCGGGGAGUCGAUCUACGGCGAGAAGUUCGCCGACGAGGCGUUCAAGCACAAGCAUGAGGGGGAGGGCAUCCUGUCCAUGGCGAACGCCGGGCCCAACACCAACGGGUCCCAGUUCUUCAUCUGCACCGUGCCCUGCAGCUGGCUGGACGGCAAGCACGUGGUGUUCGGCCGCGUCGUGGAGGGCAUGGACGUCGUCAAGUCCAUCGAGAAGGUGGGAUCCCGCGGCGGCAGCACCUCCAAGCCGGUCAUCAUCGCCGACUGCGGCCAGCUCUCCUAGAUCUGCGCUGUUCCCCUUUCCUUUUCCCCAGUACUAGUCGUCGUCGUCGAGUCCCUAAAUAACGAGGUGCGGUGAGUAGUGUGGUGGUUGGUGAGACGAGAUCGAGAUCUCUCCCCAUGGACGUUGGUUUUUGGUUGGAUUAGGCGGAGUUCUUCGAUUCGGUGGUUGAGUUGGAUCUGCGAUCCAUUUGGGUUUUUUAUCUUAAUUCGUGUCGCUGAUGCUUCUGUUAUGCUGCUGCUACUGCUAUCAAUCAAUGAGAAAAAAAUCGAUAAACAUUUGGGAUCUAACGCUAUGUGAUUUUGCGAGA